AUGGUUCAUAAUAAUGGUCAUUAUUGGCAAAUUGGAUCGAAGCCAUAUAAGAAGUUUGAAGAAUGGGCAAAAAGUUUAGGAGAUAUUUAUCGUGUACAAAUGGGUCAACAAAAUUGGAUUAUAUUAACCAGUGAUAAAGUUGUUGGUGAACUUUUACAAAAACGAGGCAAAAAAUAUUCAUCUCGUUGGCCGACAUAUUACUUUUAUCAAAUUUUGGAAAGAAAUAAAGGUUUCAUCGGUUCCCCGUAUCAUGAACGAUAUAGAAUACUUACUCCUAUUAUACAUGGAAUUUUGGAUCAACGAAAUAUAAAAAGAAAAUCUGAUUUAUUUGACACAGAAUUUCAAAUACUUAUGCAAAACCUUUAUCAAGCCUCAAUGAAUGCAAAAAAUGGGUUAUUUCCAAAAUUUUAUUUUCAACUUACAAGUUUAAAUAUAAUUACUCUUUUAUGUUCAGGAAAACGUACUAAAAGUAUUGAAGAUCCGUUUUAUAAAGAUUUUGAAAAUUAUAUGGAGAAUCAUUUACAACUUAUUAGAAUAACUAAUAGAUUAGGUGAUUUUUUUCCAUUUUUAAGAUUGUUUACAAGUCAUGAAUUACAUGAAAGGGUAAUCAGGGAUAGAAAAAGAUCAGAAAAUUUAUAUGGUAAAUUAAUCAAAGAAGUUAUGAAUGAUAAAGAGAAAAAAUCUUGUAUUAUUAGAGAUUUGCUUUAUAAGGUAGAAGAUGGUAUAUUAGAUGAACUGGAUAUUAUUCAUAUUAUCAGCAAUCUAUUUUCUGCUGGAACUGAUACGAUUUCAGCGAGUUUGACAUGGAUCGUUGCUGCCUUAGCCAACAAUCCUCAAGUCCAAUUCAAAGCUCAUCAAGAACUUGAUCAAGUAAUUGGUCAAUCUCGUUUACCAACCAUAUUUGAUGAACAAAACAUUCCUUAUAUACGCGCAAUUGUUAAAGAAAGUCAAAGAUAUUGUGGUCCAAUUUAUUUGGGUAUACCUCAUUAUAUUGAAGAAGAUGAUGAAUAUAAUGGAUAUCAUAUUCCUGCAAAUUCUGUUAUAAUUUUAAACCAAUAUGGAAUUCAUAUGGAUGAAAAAAGAUAUGAAAAUCCUAAAGAGCUUAAACCUGAAAGGUUUUUAAGUUUUACAAAUAGUAGUGCUGCUUUGGCAAAUGGGAAUUAUGAAAAUAGAGAUCAUUUUGGAUUUGGAGCUGGAAGAAGGUUAUGUGCUGGAAUUCAUAUGGCUGAACUAGCUCUUCUAUUGGGUGUUUCGCGUCUCCUCUGGUGCUUUAGAAUUGAAAAUGUAUCACCGUUAGGUAAAGAUGGUAAACCAAUACCGAUUGACAUGGAAAAAAUACGUUUUGGUAUGACUAUUUGGCCUGAAAUAUUUCAUGUUAAAUUUGUAAAAAGACAUGAUAAUGUUGAAAAGGUUUUGUUUAAAUCAAAUAGUAUAUAA